UUUAAAAUUAUUGUGUGUGCGAUAAAAAGCAGAUAACAGAAAAGCCGAGAUAGCAUUAAUGAUAGCAGGUUGAUUAAAUUUAUCUUAUCAUUUUGUCCUCGGAAGACUGACAUUAAGAAAUUUUGUGUUACUGAAAGUACUUGACUUUUUCUAUGUUAUCUUAUCAAGACAACAUUUUGCAAUCUUAAACUAUAAAUUUUUGAUUUCGACCAGAGUUUCAAUUCAAUCAGUAGGGAAACUUAACGUGUAUAUUUUAUUCAGCAAUUCUAUCGAGAUGUCUUCAGAAUUAAAGACGGGUGCUCUCAUUAUUGAAGGCAAAACCAAGAGAAUCCUUGAAAUUGUAAAUGAUCCAAAUAAUGUUCUUAUGGUAUCAAAAGACAGAAUAACUGCAGGAGAUGGAGCUAAAGCAAAUGAUAUGGAAGGCAAAUCUGUCAUCUCAACAGCUACUACCGCAAAAGUUUUUGAAUAUUUAAAAGAAGUUGGUAUUAAAACUCAUUAUAUCAGACAAUACGAUGAAAGAUCUUUACUUGUAAAGAAGUGCGAUAUGAUUCCAAUUGAAUGGGUUUCACGACGAUUUGCAACUGGGUCUUUUUUGAAACGACAUCCUGGUGUUAAAGAGGGCUACUGCUUCACUCCAUUAAAACUUGAAACUUUUUACAAAGAUGAUGCAAAUCAUGAUCCACAAUGGUCUGAUGAACAGUUGAUUUGUGCUGAGUUGGUUGUUGGUGGAUUAAAAAUUUUAAAAACUGAAGUAGAAAUCAUGCAUAAAACAACUGCAACAAUUUUUGAAGUUUUAGAAAGAGCUUGGGCUACUCUUGGCUGUAGUUUAAUUGACAUGAAAGUCGAAUAUGGAGUAACUACUAAUGGUGAACUCGUAUUGGCUGAUGUGAUUGAUAGUGAUUCUUGGAGAUUAUGGCCAGAAGGGGAUAAAAGGAAAAUGGUAGAUAAACAGGUGUACAGAAAUUUGAAAGAAGUGACGCCUGAAGAUUUAGAGAAAGUUAAAAAGAAUUUCAGAUGGGUAUCUGAACAAGCAACAAAAUUUUUACCACAACCUAAAGGUCGAGUUGUGGUAUUAAUGGGAUCACCAUCUGAUAAAGAGCACUGCUUAAAAAUCAAAUCUGAGUGUGAAAAGCUUGGCAUUCCCACCAUUCUGAGAGUAACAUCAGCUCACAAAGGACCUGACUCUACAGUCCAAGUUGUAUCUGAAUAUGAAGGUCAUCAGCAGCCUACAGUUUUCGUUGCAGUGGCUGGGAGAAGUAAUGGAUUGGGUCCUGUUACCUCAGGAAUCUCAGCAGCUCCUGUUAUUAAUUGUCCUCCAAUCACUCCUGAUUGGGGGCGUGAAGAUAUCUGGUCUUCUCUGAGGAUGCCAUCAGGUAUUGGCUGUACUACAGUAUUAUCACCAAAUGCUGCUGCUCUUAAUGCUGCUCAAAUAUUAGGACUUACUGAUCAUGUUAUUUGGUCUCGUUUGAAGGCUAAGCAGUUGAAUACUUGGGUUGAUCUGAGAUGUGCUGAUAAAAAUAUUUCAGCAUAAGGAGAAAGAUAUUUUGAUUCAAAGUCUGGUUAUCAAAAAGCUUGAAAAAUAUUAUGUUGUGCUGAUAAGCUUCUUAAAAAGGUUCCUUUGGAAGUUAACUGAUUUGCUGUUUGUUAUUAAUUCAAUUUAUCAUUUAAUCACAAUUUUUUUAAAUUAUGAAAAGUGAAAAUUUUAACUAUAUUUAAAGAAAUUUCUCUUUUUGUUAUGCAGUUCAGUUUAAUUAAGUAGAUUUUUUCCUUUUAUAAUUUUAGGUCAAUAUUCAUCAUAAUCAAAGUCUUGAAUGUGUUCAUAUGUGUUUUUGUUACUGUUAUAAAGUAUCAAGUUUUAUAUAAUGUACAAUAUAACAUUUUAUUUUUCAAAUGGAAAAGUAUAUUAAUUUGGGAGGGGGAAAAGAGUGAAUUUUUAAAAUUAUGGGACAAGUAAUUCUUUAGAAAAUGUUUGUUGGUUGUUUAUAAUUUACGAAACAUGUUAAAGUUUAGAAAAUUGAUCAUUUCCAUUAUAUGUUUAGUUUUGUACUAUGUAUGUGUGUUUUAUAAAAAUAAAUGUUUU